AUGGAGAAUGAGAUUGAGAUAGAUGAUAGAGAAAGGCUUGACGAGACAGAUGAGACAUCAAGUAAAGUGUCUUAUGAUGAUUUUAAGAGAAAGAAGAAUAAAAGAUACAAUAAAAUUUAUACAGAGAGCUUUAUUGAUAGGGAAAGAGGAGAAGUUACUUUACUACCUACGGUGCAGGUGAUGGUAAGUGUAGAGGGGAAAGACAGUGGUCCAGUACGGGCACUGAUUGAUACUGGUGCUCAGCCAAAUCUGGUGAGUCACCAGCUAGCUGAGAGAUUGCAGUUGAGAAAGAUGCAAGCCACGAGACAGAUCGUGGGAAUCAAUGGUGAACCAUUCCAUAUUAAGUAUUGGAGUAAGAUCAAGGUAAGGCCAUGGUUCUCCUCGAACAUUGCAAUUGAGCAGGAAUUCUUGAUUCUGCCGAGAGAGGGUCCACUACGGCCGAUGCUGGUAAGCAGUGGCCUGGGAUACUGCGAAGCGAAAGAGAUAGACGGGUUGCCAUUGGCGGACCCGGAGUUUUGGAAAGAAGGCCCAGCAGACUUGUUGCUUGGAUGCAAGUUUGUAGUAGAGAUGUUUGGAUCCAUUAUGACCCGACAGCCGUCUGGUUUGUUCUCGAUGAAGACUACCUUCGGAAGAGUGAUGCUUGGACAGAGACGAGACUCCUUACGAGUAAAGGAUGAGAAGGCAUAUGUGGUUUGUCUGGACAACAAACAGAUGCAUGAAGCGCUCAAACGGUUAUGGGUUUUGGAUGAAAUCAACCCACCACCCGUGAGAUCGAGAGAGGAAGAAUUAGUAGAAAGAAACUUCGUCGAUACAUAUAGACGCGACAGGGAUGGGAGAUUUAUUGUCACCAUUCCCUUGAGAGAAGCGUGGAGAGAGAUAGGCACUAACGAACUUACAGCGAGAAGGCGAUUUUUCGCCUUAGAGAGAAAGUUAGAGAGAGAUCCAGAGUUGAAAGAGAAGUAUGUUGACUUCAUGCGAGAGUACGAGAGCAAGGGACAUAUGACGCCGGUCGUUGGAACCACGUCACGAGCGAAGAUGACAUAUCAUAUACCACAUCACUGCGUCACGAAAAAGUUUAGAGUGGUGUUUGAUGCGAGUUGCAAAACAACCAUGGGUGUCUCACUCAAUGAAGUGCAGAUGGUUGGCGAAAAGUUGCAGAAAGAUCUGCAUGAAAUUCUGAUGCGCUUUCGAAGGCACAGAAUUGCGAUUAGUGCGGACAUCAAGAUGAUGUUUCGUAUGGUGAAGAUUGCGAAGGAGCAAUGGGACUUACAGCGAAUAUACUGGAGAGAGAGUCCGCAAGAGCGAUUGAAAGAGUAUUGGCUGACCGUAGUCACUUACGGUAUGGCAUCAUCGGCUCAUAAUGCAGUAAGAGCACUUAUUCAAUGCGCGAAAGAUGCGGAGGCAGACUUCCCAAGAGCGUCGAAGAUUAUUCGAGAAGACUUUUACAUGGAUGACUGCACUACGGGUGCAGACUCAGAGAUAGAAGCGAUUAGGUUAUCCAAGGAUAUAGAUCAUAUUCUAAAAGGUGCAGGUUUUGAGCUAAGAAAAUGGAAUUCGAAUUCCAAAGCUCUUGUGAAAGACAUGAACUACGAGCAAAGAGAUUCAGUAGUCUUUCGAGAAGAUGAAGGCACUUCAAUAUUGGGAUUGAAGUGGUUACUUGCGAAAGAUCAAUUCACGUUUGAGGUGAAAACACCUAUAACAGAGAGCAUGAUGACGAAGAGAAAGAUAGUCAGCUGUGUGGCCCAGCUUUAUGAUCCUAAUGGAUAUAUAUCACCUGUUACCAUUUUGGGAAAGAUUCUCAUUCAAGAUGUUUGGCGAUCCAAGGCAGAUUGGGAUGAUGAGCUAGCGACAGAUAUUCUCGAGAGAUGGAAAGAGCUAUGGAGAGAGAUAACUUGUUUAGAGCAAUUUAGAAUCGAGAGAUGGAUAGGCACAUCCCCUGGUGUACCGAUAGAGAUACAUGGGUUUUCAGACGCAUCUGAAAAAGCCUAUGGAGCAGUGAUCUAUGUCAGAACAGAACACCCAAAUGGGGAAAUCUGGUCAACGCUACUGCAAGCGAAAACAAGAGUAGCACCAUUGAAGACAGUGACGAUACCGAGACUCGAGCUAGCUGCGGCAGAGCUGCUAGGGAGAUUAGUUGAAAAUGUGAAAGAGACCAUGGAAUGGAAAGAGAUUGAAUAUACGCUUUGGACAGACUCAGUUGUGGUGCUACACUGGGUAAACAAGCAGCCUUGCGAAUUGAAAACGUUUGUGGCAAAUAGAGUUGCAUCAAUACAAACGAACACAGAGAUAGAUAGAUGGAGACAUGUUGGAACAAAAGAAAAUCCUGCUGACUUGUUGAGCAGGGGAAUUAGAGCAGCGGAACUGGUAAAGAGCGAGUUAUGGCUACAUGGACCACAAUGGCUAAGACAACCCCGUUCACAAUGGAAAUCUGAGAAGUUUGUGCCAAACGUUUCAGAUGGGGGGAGGGAAGAGAUGAAAGUUAUGACUGUCAUCAGUGUGGAUGAAGAGUUAUCCAUAACUACGAGGAAGACAAGAGAGAGAGUGCCGGUACAUGAGUACGUCAGCACAUUGGAGAAAGCGACAAAUGUGAUAGGCUAUGUACUCCGUUUUACGGAAGCGAUUAAGAGAAAGAAAUCUAAUGGCAAGAAAAAGAGACGUGGCAAGAUGAGAAGGCGAUCUGUACGUCAGAAGAGAAAGAGGGGGAGUAGACCAAUCCAACUUACAUCUGAGGAGAAAGAAAAAGCGAUAGAAUAUUUGUUACGAAAAGAGCUGCAAAAAGCGAAAGAGAGCUGGCAUAGAAAGGAAUCACUUGAUUUCCUAGCAGCGAAAGGGACAGAAUGGAGAUUUAUGACACCAGCAGCGCCACAUCAGGGUGGCAUAUACGAGGCCGCUGUUAAGUCAAUGAAAUUUCAUUUAACGAGAGUGAUAGGAGCGAAGAUACUGACGUAUGAGCAACUCUUAACGCUGACCGCUGGAGUCGAGGCGAUCCUGAAUUCAAGACCGCUUCAAGCGAUUAGCGAUGACCCUAAUGACCUGCAGGCGUUAACGCCGGGACAUUUUCUGGUAGGAGAGCCGCUGGUGCUCCCGCUGCCUUUUGUGACUGGAGAGAUAUCAAACUCUCAUGGUGCGAGAUUAUGGAGAGAGAAAAAGACUAUGCUUACGCACUUUUGGAACAGAUGGAGAGAAGAGUACUUGGUGACUCUAAUUGAGAGAAUGAAAUGGAGAAGAGAGAGGCAUGGGCUUCAAAUUGGGCAACUGUGCAUUAUAAAGAGCGAGAACUUCCCACCGUCGGCAUGGGCAUUGGGGCGGAUCAAGAGACUUAUCGAAGGGAAGGAUGGAUUGGUGCGGAGCGUGGAGGUGCAGACUGCGACCAAUCAGCUGACAAGGCCGGUGCAGAAGAUUUGUAUACUUCCGAAUGGAGAAUGA